AGAGUCCAAAGACAUUCAGAGAUUUUCUGCUAAAUGACGAAAUGGAUCCCCAGUAUCACCAGUUUGGAUUAUCUGAUAACAGCUUUGCCCGUGAAGAGCCCAAAAUAAUGACCCUGUCAGGCAUGAAGAGAAUGGUGGGUUGUGUCCUCUACAGCAUCCUGGUGCUGCUGCUGCUAAUUGUGCUAAUGGUCAUUGGGAUCAAAUUCUCCCAAUUAAACCACGAGAUUAGUGAUGUCAAGCUUCGCGUUGACAUAAUCGGCCACGGAAGAAAAAUGACACCGACCACCACUGUUGAAGAAGUCCACCUCGAGCAACUUUUGCCAGUCAGGGGAACCUGCAGGGCAGGAUGGGUGUCGUUUCAGAGCAGCUGCUACAUGUGGUCCAAUACCUCGCUGUCCUGGAGCAACGCAGAGGCACAGUGUCGAAAGCUCAGCGGACACCUGGUGGUCCUGAACAACGUGGAGGAGCUGGAUUACCUCUCAAAAGUCAUCGAACUCAAUCAAAACUACUGGAUCGGACUGGUGGAGCGGGAGUAUGAGGGACACUGGAGCUGGGUGGACGGAACCGACGUCAAGUCCACCACGAUGUUCUGGGAUCUGGGUCAGCCGGACGACUGGGACUUCAGGGUGAACGGGGAGGACUGUGGACAGCUUCACCCCUCCGGGAGACGCACGCGGAGGCUGUGGAACGACGCCGACUGUCAGCUGGGCUACAAGUACAUCUGUGAGAGCCGGCAGUGAAGGGCCGCGACCCCGACGACCCCUGGAGGAAGAGGGAGCCGCAUUAACGCGGGCGACAGUAGUGGUGUCUGUCACAUCAAUGGGCAUGUUGGCAAAACAGUGAUGGAUACGCAUGUACUAGUUUUACCGUGUUUUACAAUAAAGGAGUCACACUGAAGACGCAACAGAAAACCACAGAAAAGCCU